GCGCUUUCUUUGACACUGUACGGCGCCGAAACUUCGCCCACUUUUCUGCCGCCGCCUUCAAGUUUCCUCCGCAUUUGACCAGCACUACUACUACUACUGGCACUGCACGUCGGCGACUGGACUAGCAGCAAAAUAUCGUCGACGAUACUACAUUGUAGUACUUACAAACGCACCGCCUUUUCGACGAGCCUGCGUCCUUACAAUCUUCUCGAGAGAAAGAUCAUCCGCCCGAAUAUCCCUAAUCAACACGACUCCGACUUCCAGCUUAUUUCACAAUGGCGGGUCGCGGCCAAGGAGGAGGUCGCAAAACGCUUCUUGCGCCUAUUCAUUUCAUCUUCAGCCUGCUACAAAAGCGCUCCACGGUGUCGAUAUGGCUCUACGAGAACCUGCGCACGCGAAUUGAGGGAAAGAUCCGGGGUUUCGACGAGUUCAUGAACCUGGUGAUCGACGAUGCGGUCGAAGUACAAUUAGCCACCAGAGAUAGCCCUGAAAAGAGACGGCAGCUUGGACAAAUUCUACUCAAGGGAGACAAUGUUUCCCUGAUUCAAUCCCUGAGCUGAACGCCGCCAACGGAUCGAGCAUUAUCUUUGCGGUGCACCCAGCUACAAUUCUAUCUACUCGGGAAACGUGCAGAGACUGCAACCUGCUGUUCAUGGGUACGAUGAUGUGGAAAAUGGAGGAGGCCCCGUCGCCCGCCAUCAAUUCUCGGCUACGACGACCUCAUCGACUGGCCAGUCAUGCUCAGUGACAGGGACUUCCUCGCCUGGCGGCAAUAAUUGCUCGCGCAAGGCAACUCCAACUGCAGGGAAAAGGAUGAGUUGGUGGAUCUGGAAGAGGUGGAGAUGUUAUGCUUACCCAAGUGUGGCAUUUUCCGUGCAGCCUUGCUGGAGUCGAGCGCGUUCUUAUAAGUUUGGAGAUAGCGGUCAUAGAAACCUUUGCCAUGGCCCAGACGGCGGUGGUGCUGGUCGAAGGCGACCGACGGUGUGAGGAUGAGAUCCAGAAGCGGGUAGUGAUCUUGACCUUCUAAAGGCGCAUUCGAGAUACCAAUGCCACCGAGAGCGUUUCUUCUUCUCUCUACCGAGUCUUUGGAAAUGGAAGGAAUUCCCCAGGCAUCUGGUUUCAAGGAUUCGAAAUCGGCCUGGUCAUGCAACUGCAACAUGGUCAUGACUCUGGAUUUGGGAGCAUCUCCCGCAUGUAGAUACGGGACGAAUACGGAUUUUCCAUCGUCAAAGGCUUGCAACACGAUAUCACGAGUUGAGACUUCCCUUGCAGGCAUGGACAAAAAUACUGCUAUAGAUGUCGCAUCUUGGUAGGCCGGCAGCUGCAAGACAUGCUCGGUGAUGAUCCUCGCUUUUUUCCCGUCAGUGUCGGACCUACUACUUUGCGGGCAAUGAUAUCCUACACUG